ACUAACCUCUCCUUUUGAGUGGUAAUGCAAAUAAGUGAUGAAAAUAAAGUCUGGAUUAGUAAUAUUCUGAUAAAGCUAUUGUUAAAGAAUAACAAACAAAUGAAACAUACGACAUAUUCAAAUUUAUGUUCCAAUCACAUGUAAAUAAAUAAGUGUAAAAAUGCAUAAAGUUUCUGGAGCGUAAAAUUAUUGAAAAAUCAAUGUGUUUAUGUUAUCUAUUAGUUGGGAAAACUUGGGGAAUCCCAAUACCUAUUUUUAGAAGACACGUAAAAUAUGGACGGUACGCCAUCAACAAAUGAUGCGGAUUCACCAAUUGCUACAAUUUUACAGAAAAUAGGAAAACUGCAAACUGAAAAUGAAGAUCAAUUUUUGCAUUUAAAAUAUAGCAUUGACGUUUUACAUCAACAAAUAGCAAGAAUGAAAACAGCUUCAUCAAUGGAGCGGAGACAACAUUUUCAAGAAACAAACACAGGCAAUCGUCAUUUCAGCCAUGAUAGUUUUGGAAUGCACAAAGAAGUUCUGCAAGAAUGCCUAGAACAAAUGGUUAAAGAUAUUGACCUUGAGAAUACGGAUCUAUUAGAUGAUCUUCAAACUGCUGAAUGUUUAACGAGUGACGAAGCUGUCGAAAUUAUACGUAAACCAUCUAGACGAGAUCAAGUCCGCAAACUUGUAUUACAUUUAGGAAGGAAAAGUAGUGAACGAUUUUCCGUAUUUUUAGAAAAUAUUCAGAAGACAUCGAAUUAUCCACAUCUAGCUGAAAAUUUGAUGCAGUCAUACAACCGAAGGAAGAAUCGGGUUACUAAUUUAUCUUCUGUUCCAAAAUGUCUUGUCUGCGUUUUGAAGCAAGACGUGUUUGUAAAAGAUGUUAUAGACAAACUAUACAGUAAUGGUUUAGUAUCUUUGGAAACAUUUGAACUUGUUAUAGAUCAAGUUGAGAAUGAUAAUAAGAUGAAUUGGGAAAUAAUAUUAACACAGCUAAAACGGUCACGUGAUCCUCGAAAGGCUAGACAGGUUUUGCAAGAAGCUUUAUCAAAGAAAUAUGAACAUAUAUCAGCACGAAUAAAUAAAACCCACUUUCCUGAAAUUAUGUGUCAAUGCAGAAAUAUUAACAGGAAAUUAUUAUUUAUUCCAGCAAGUCUAAAUUCUGACACCACUGGAAGUCUUGGUGACGUAAGCACAACAUCCGACCGUAAACUUUUUACUAGUAGUACUCACCAGAACCAAACACGAGAGUCACUUAGUUCUGCAAAAAGUGACAAUUCUACACAGAUCGACUAUAGAAAUAUUCCAAGCACUGUAGCAUGGGUUGAAUCAAUCCCAAAUGAUCAAUUCAUUGAGUUCAACAAUGACAUUUCAGAUGUUGUGGAUGAACUUGUAAAUGAAAACCGGUCAAUUUUAUCUAUUGACAUGGAUUCAGUUAGCAAAACGGGAAAUUUAGAUAUUGAAGAAGACUUAGAAAGUAAAAGUACAUCUGCUUUUAAAAUUCUUGAAAGGGUAGGUGAAUGUACAUCCCAAGGAAAAGAAGACAUAUAUUCAACUGUUACACCCUCAUCGUAUGCAAGUGUGGUGUCUAGAAAGUCGUGUACACCAGAACUUGCAUUUACGAAAAAGUCUUCUGGUGGUGUGUCCGAUACUGGAAAGAAAAAGGGUCAAUCAAAACCUCAUGUAUCGUCGAGUAUAAACAAAAACACAUCAAUAGGCAGAGCAGCAGAAAGUUUGAGUGAGAUAGGUACAAUUUAUUUGUCAAAGACCGACAAACCAAAGUCUACAAUUUUAUCAACCAAUCAUCGUUCACAAAAACCUAUGUUCAGGAACAAAGAUCUAGUCAAAGACCACGAUUCUAAUAAAAUAAUAAAAAGCACCAUCAUGCCAAGUUCGAAUCAGUCAGAUCAUUGUUCAAUUCUACAAAACGUGUUUUUCGAAGAACAGAGAAAAAUACAUGGGGAGAGUUUAGUUGGAAAUACUGGAAACAUUUCAGAUAACCGUUCCUCUACAGGUACAGUCAAACAAAGCGGAAAUCAAAUGACGACUAAAUCCGAAGAUACAUCAAAGGAAAAUGGUCUUCGGCAGACUACAGUGUGUUCUUCGGGGGACAGUAAAAAGAGUCAUGGAAAUAGAAAAAGAAGAAAAAAACGAAAAUGAUACUCCAACUGAUCAACUAGUUACAUAUGAAAGAAGGCUCUUUACCUCCCACAGAAUAAUAGUACAUUAUAAGUGUUUAAGAAUAUUACCAACUACAACAUUUACCUCUUUUUAGAAAAAUCUUAUUGAUACGUAUAUUGGUUUUUAAUUGAUUAAAUGAUAAUUUAUUUAA